AUGGGUGGCGUGAUUGCGGAGAUGAGAUUCCCUUCAUUCUAUUUGACGGUGGAGAUAAUCGCUCGAGUGUCUCCAACUGUUGGCGGCAGCUACACCACGAGUCCGAAUCGAGCCCCUGGCGAUUUAAAGGUGUCUUGGAAAUGGAGUUCUUCAAUGCGCACCUCUCCAUCCCUGGCAGAUCAAAGAGAAUAUAGACAGGUUUUGGCUCAAGUGAACUUUGUUGCCGUCAAGCGGCUGGAUGGAAAUGGACGUCUGGCUGUUGCCGCUGCCAUCCCGUGGACGAGUGGUGGAGUAGGACGGCCUUUUGUUCUAUUAGGAUUAUGGUAUCUUGGCAUGCUUGCAGCAGAAGACAGCAACUGGGCUUUGAACGUUUAG